ACAAAAAAGUAAGAGACAUUUGUGGCUCCUUAAGUAGAGGAAUCAGUUCAUUCCCAUUCCAAUCCACAGAUUUAUGAAGAACCAAUUUGGUGUUCACUCCAAGUGAUACAGAAAAGAUGAUCAAAAUGAUUACAAAGCUAAUGUCUCGGUUAAUAUGGAGAGGCAAAAAUAAUGGUCGUAUACGUAGAAGCUUAAUAGAGGAACUACCAACUGAGAUUCUAAUGGAGAUUCUAAUGAAAUUACAAGGGAAACAAGCAAUGAUAUGCCGUUGUGUCUCCAAAACGUUUCUUAAUGUUAUAGACUCUCAUUGCUUCAUAGAAAGACAUCUUCAUGAUGAUGAUGGUGGUGAACCACCAGCGUUGCUCACUUUUGGAACUCAUGGUGGAGAGAUGUUUUAUAAGAUGUGGAUGUGUAACACAAGGCUGGCCGAAGAGAAUGAUGAAGCAAAUGUGUUGAGGGUUGAAGAUAGAUACCUUUGGGAUUAUCCUUGCUUACAAAUGCAAUCUUAUUUUCACCCUGUAAGCUCCAACGGACUAAUUCUAGCUAGAUGUGGCUCGGCUUCUCCGUAUGUCUUCAACCCUAUAAGAAAAGAGGUUAUGAAGAUACCAGAACAGGAAGACGAAAGUUCAUGGAAACAGCCUCUAGGAUUCGGAUAUGAUCCCAAAGGAAAGACUCACAAGGUCAUUAGUGUUUGGCAAACACAAGAGCAAGAGCUUGUGGCUGAAGUAUUCGACCUGAGGGGAGCAUACUCAAAAUGGAGGAGCUUAGACAUCUCCACUUCCGCCUCAGUUCUUCCUCUCGGCAAUGUUUGUUUUUCUUCUUCCACUGUGACCAUUAGUGGAUAUGUUUACUGGACGGCCACUAUAAGCGAUAAGACUCUUGUCCAACUCUUCCGUCUCACUAAUCUUCGAGAGAACUUGGCCAUAGUGGAUUUUUCGUCCGAUGAGUAUGUAGGGUUGUGGACACUAAGAGAUAAGGCGAGAGGAGAAUGGUCUUUGGACUACAAAUUUGACACCAUCGUGUUAAGAGACAAAGUGAAAGGCUUCUGCCGUGGCCAUGACUCGAGUACAAACAUAUUACAUGUGGUUGGUGCAUGGAAGGAAGGGUUACUUAUAAGGAUUUGGAAUUCUAACGUUUGUAUUUACUUGAACCUCAAGACACAACGUAUGGAGUAUAUUGGGUUUGAGAAUGAGGUUCAAGAAUUGAUAACUAAGGAUUUCAUCGUGAGUUACACUCCGAAUUAUCUACUUCGUCUCAAGAGUUACUAUGACCGAUCAAGAGUCAUAUGUGCUCAUCCUAAUGCUGGUGCACGUCUUCGAGGACGUAUCCAUUUAAUGCUUACGCCUGGUGAUGAUCUUGGUUAUGAGGUUAGUUAUUUUGCUGAUAGCUUCUACUCUUCAUUAGAUGACCUUAUUGGUUUUAGGUCGUAUAAGGAAAACCGUGUUAAAAAAGAUACUCGACGUGAGGAGAUUGUAAAAGCCAAAGGUAAACCUGAAUGGGUUUUUGUUUAG